GGAGUUACAAAAAAGAAAAAUGCUUGAACGACAACAAACACGAUAAACAUUAGGGAACUUUACAAAAUUGUCGUGUAUAUUCUUCCUAUCCAGGGCGUUGCUCUGAGCAGUGACGUUAGGAUAACCCCGCCCACGUGUUUUAUGCGACUCCGGUCCAGCAUGGCUCCUUCCUGGAGCUAGAAGACAGCUAGCGAUAGUUUGGGGGAGAAGUAGUGCAGUGCACAGGAAAUCCCACGCAAUCACGAUAUCUGGGCUUCUUGUAGGGAUACCAUGGGCAUCCCGAGGCUGCUCUCAAACGCAAUGGGUCGGGUCAGCACAGUCCGAUAUUACCAGACAGUGCUGGUUAUCGCAGCCGCGCUGGCUGUUGUUGCAUUUUACAGUUUCGGAUCGGAUCGACAGAACUUUUCCAGCACUACCAAGCGUAUCAAAGAGACUCAUGCCAACCACGCAAACAGCAACGACUGCGAUCUCUCCCCCGAUACCAAAACCGAGCACCGCGAUUCAAAAGCUGCAGCAGCUGCAAGCGUGCGAGACGCUGGCACAGCGAGCACGGACAGUGUUAACGCAGCGGCGUGGAAGAGAGGGACGCCGGAGGAGGAGCGUCCGCGGUAUUUUCACGCGAUUAUGAUGUUCGCCAAAGUGGACAAGAGCCAGUCGCUGCAGCACAAGUUCCAGAUUGCCAUGAGAUCGAUGCUGAAGCAUGCCAGGUUCGAGGACGGGGAAGUCUUGACCCUGCAUUUUGUGAGCGACGAACCGAGCAGAGAGAUCGGGGAAAAGAUGCUGAAAGACUUGCUGCAGGGCGCCACCUUCCGGUGUGAGGUCAGCUUCCACAAUGUCAAGGCACUGACGGAGAAGCUGUUUCCCAUCGUGGAGGCCAUGCAGAAGCACUUCAGCGCUGGUUCAGGAACCUACUACAGUGACUCCAUCUUCUUCCUGUCUGUCGCCAUGCACCGCAUCAUGCCAGCAGAAAUCAAGCGGAUCGUGCAGUUAGACUUGGACCUGAAGUACAAGACCAACAUCCGGGAGCUGUUCGAGCAGUUUAACCACUUCCCUGCCGGAGCCGUCAUCGGGAUUGCCAGGGAGAUGCAGCCGGUUUACAGGCACACCUUCUGGGCGUACCGCAGGGAGAACCCUGAUUCCAAAGUGGGUGACCCUCCCCCAGAUGGCAAUCCUGGGUUCAACAGCGGGGUCAUGCUCCUCGACCUUGAGGCCAUGCGGCGCUCAGAACCAUACAACCAGCUGCUGGAGCCCCGGAGCGUGGGCCGGCUGGCGGACAAGUACCGCUUCCAAGGGCACCUCGGCGACCAGGACUUCUUCACCAUGAUCAGCAUGGAGCACCCCUCUCUUUUCCAUGUGCUGGACUGCGUGUGGAACCGGCAGCUCUGCACCUGGUGGAAGGACCACGGGUAUGGGAACGUCUUCCAGCUGUACUACCACUGCCAGGGUCCCGUCAAGAUCUACCACGGGAACUGCAAUACGCCCAUUCCCGACGACUGAGGGCUGGAGCACCACAGCCAAAACUCAGUGAGGGUUUAGCUGAUAGUACUCACUCUAACUGAGCGUACUGUGCUUGCUACACUUACUUUCAGGGUCAUCUACAGAAACUGCUCUGCAGCACCCCUCCUCGGCCCCAGAAUCUCUACCCCCAGCACGUUGGAUAAAGGAUCUAACUGUCAGAUCAUCUAAAGCUGCACCAAAUAAGAAUUAUCAGUGAUUACUUCUGUAAUGUGAGGUGAUACACAUUGAUGAAGAGCAAGAACAGUCUUCUUACCUCUUGUAAUUGUCUUUUUUUCUGCCCAGUGUGCCCCAGCAAUCUUCUGUUUUUUUAGGACUUCUGUUUCAUAUUCUGCACGCUGGUCGUAUUUAUAACCACUGUAACUAAUGCUUUGCAUACACACCAGUUCCGUUUUAUUGAUUCAGUCAAUUCA